UGUCGAGAAGCGCUCGCUUGCGGUGGAAAGCAGCGAAAAGUAAACAAAAAAAAUGAUAGUAACAGUCAAUGCAAGUGACAGUGACAGUUGAGUUUUGCAAUUACACUUUGGUGAAAUAUAUUCCUAGAAAGUAGUUAAAAACUGCUGAUAAUUAUGUAGCAAAUAGUAUUUUAAGUUUAUAUCAAAUACCUACUUGCUUUAUUUUAUGUUGCAUUUUUGUAACUACCUACCAUGACUACUGAAGAAAAAUUUAACGCUGCAGUAAAUGUGAUAAGGAGUUUACCGAAAAAUGGUUCAUACCAACCUAGUAAUCAGAUGCUAUUAAGUUUUUAUAAGUACUAUAAACAAGCAACUGAAGGACCAUGUUUGGGCAGUCGGCCACCCUUUUGGGAUGUUGUAGGAAGAGCCAAGUACGAUGCAUGGAAAUCUUUAGGACAUAUGCCUAAAGAGGAAGCCAUGAAGCAUUAUGUGGACGAAUUGCACAGCAUUGUGGAAACCAUGAGUUACACAGAUAAAGUAGCCAAUUUUUUAGAAGCACCCACAACCGAAUUGGAUUCACUAAGUAUGACAGAUUUAGAAUUAGUUGCAGGGGAUGUAAUAGAAAGGGUACGGUCCCAACCAAACUCGCCUUUAGCGUCCAGGGAAACCUCACCUCAAAGGGUACGCUCAAGUUUAGGAACAAGUUCCGCUACCUCGUCUUCUGUAUCACCUGAAGAUUCCGAACAUAGCGAUGAAGAAUAUAUAGACUCCGUUGAGGUUCCCGACCCUAAACUGUCGAGACAGCUACAAAAUGGAGUGAUACCGUCAGGUGAACAAAUUUCUACGAUGAAUGGCUUUGUAAAAGAACACAAAUCGCGGGCGAAAACCAGACCCCAGCCCCAGCAAUCCGUACAUAUACCUACAAGUCAAUCCUUCACUGUCGACAUUAAUGAUGAGAUAAGAGCAACAAUGAACAGUUUAAAAGCUGCUGUUGAAAGGUUGACCAACAAAGUGAAUUCUUUGGAGCAUAUGAACAUCGUGCCCAGAAAGAGAAGUUGGCUCUUUGAUGAUCUCAAGCCUCAACUGAUAAUUUUCCUUCUUACGUGGCCUUUUGUCGCAUCUUUUGUAAUGAAUCGGUUCUAUUUUAAUCGGAAUAGGAGUUAGACACUAUGACCUGUACACUUGGUAGGUGACAUUGAGUGGUGUAAAUAGCAUAUAAGUUGUACGAUAGAGGUCAACAUAGUUUCUAAAAUUUCAAAUUCUUCACUUAGAAGUGGUUUUCCAAAAAUAUAUGGUUUUGUGCUUUCUCGAAAUAUAAUACAGAGUUACAAAUUAAUUACUUUUGUGCAUUUAAUUAAAAAAUUAAGGUUUGCUUUGGAUAAUAAAAUAUUGUUAAUUCAGUCUAUUUUGAUUGCUGUAUGUUGGAGCACUUAAUAAUAAAUUUCAUACAGUCACAAUGACAAAAUAUAUAAUUGCCAAAAACUUUGAUAAUAAGUUAUAUUGAAAAAAUUAAAAAUAAUAUUAAUUAGUGGAGAAUUAGUAAUAAAAUGCUGUCUAGCAAUGGUGCAAAGAAUACUAUAUUCUUAGGGAAAUUGGGAAAGAGGCUGUUGUUUUAAAGCUUUAUCACAUACAAAUAUAGUGAAAUAAAAUUAAAUCUUAAGAAAUAAAUAAAAUGUACACUUAAACCUUUGGUAUAGUUGCCAAAUGUAGUUGAACCAGUUAAUUCUUAUGACGUGUAUAUUUACAUAAAAAAUGUGGGUUAAAAUAAACCGGUGAUAGUCG